GCGUGGGACCCGUGGGUCCCGACCGGGGUCCUCGGUGUCUCCCUCGUUCCUCUGGAAACCCCGUGUGCACCGUUCUGGAGGACAUGGCGCGGCAGUGGGGGCCCUCCAUGAGGGCGGCCGAGAAGGCGGGCUGCGUGGUGAGCGCCUCCCGGGCCGGGCAGGCCGAGGCGGGCUCGUGGAGCUGCAGCGGGGUGAUCCUGAGCCGCUGCCCGGACCUGGUGCUGUGCCACGGGGGCAUCUUCACCCCCUUCCUGCGGGCCGGGAGCGCGGCGCUGACCGCGGCCGGCUCCGCCUUCCUGCCCGGCGACAGUUGCGGUGACGACCUGCGCCUGCACGUGCAGUGGGGUCCGGCAGCCGCGAGCCUCGCAGGCCGCGCGGAGCGGGGCCGUCCGGGCCUGUGCACGCCCCAGUGCGCCGGCCCGGAGCCCGGCCCGCCGGCCCGACCCGGCGGCGGGCGGCUCCUGCAGCCCCCGCGGCCCGCCGAGCUGCUGCUGCUGCUGAGCUGCCCGGCCUUCCGGGCCCACUUCGCGCGCCUCUUCGGGGGCGAGGCGGCCGAGCAGUGGCGCUUCGCGAGCGCGGCGCCGGACGACGAGGUGUCGGAGGAGGAGGAGGAGGAUCAGCUGAGAGCGCUGGGCUGGUUCGCGCUGCUGCGCGUGCGGCCCGACCCGGAGGAGGAGGAGGCGGCGGCGGCGGCGGCGGCGGCGGCGGCAGAGGAGGAGCGCGGGCCGGUCGUGGCCGUGGCGUCUCCCGGGGCCGUGCCCAAGGGCGCGCCGCUGCUGGCCUGCGGCUCCCCGUUCGGGGCCUUCUGCCCGGACAUCUUCCUCAACACCCUCAGCCGCGGCGUGCUCAGCAACGCAGCCGGCCCGCUGCUGCUCACCGACGCGCGCUGCCUGCCCGGCACCGAGGGCGGCGGCGUGUUCGCGGCGCGGCCCGCGGGGGCGCUCGUGGCGCUCGUGGCCGCGCCCCUCUGCUGGAAGGCCCGCGAGUGGGUGGGCCUCACGCUGCUCUGCGCCGCCGGCCCGCUCCUGCGCGCUGCCCGAGCCGCUCUCGGCCGCCUGGGCCCCGGCACCCACGCCCUGGCCGCCCUCCUGCCGCAGGAGAUGGGCGCCCCGUGGGGCCUGCCCCUCCGAGACCCCGGGCCCCCGUGGGCAGCUGCGGCCGUGCUGGUGGAGUGCGGCACCGUCUGGGGCUCCGGAGUGGCCGUGGGGCCCCGCCUCGUGGUGACCUGCCGGCAUGUGGCCCCUCGGGAGGCGGCCAGGGUCCUGGUGCGCACCACGCCCCCCAAGAGUGCCACGAUCUGGGGACGUGUGACGUUUGCCACCCAGGAGACCUCCCCCUAUGACGUAGCGGUAGUAAGCCUGGAGAAGGACCUACGCGGUGUCCCCCUGCCGGUGCCGGCUGAGCAUUUCCACGAAGGCGAAGCUGUCAGUGUGGUGGGCUUCGGGGUCUUUGGCCAGGCUUGCGGGCCCUCGGUGACCUCAGGCAUCCUGUCAGCUGUGGUGCGGGUGGAUGACACAGCGGUGAUGCUCCAGACCACAUGUGCUGUGCAUGGCGGCUCCAGUGGCGGACCCCUCUUCUCCCCCCGCACAGGAAACCUCCUGGGCAUCGUGGCCAGCAACACGCGGGACAAUGACACAGGGGCCACCUACCCUCACCUGAACUUCAGCAUUCCCAUCACGGUGCUGCAGCCGGCUCUGCAGUGGUACAGGCGGACGGGUGACCUGGGCGGCCUCCGUGAGCUGGACAGUGCCACAGAGCCCGUGAGGGUGGUAUGGCGGCUGCAACGGCCCCUGCCAGAGGCCCCGCGGAGCAAGCUCUGA